AUGGCUGCGUUGAUGAUGGUUAGAGAUAUAAAACCACGUAACGACGGGAACGAAGAACAUGAACAACAGGAUACUGGUCGGGUUAUUCGAGACAUUAAAAACGUGUAUCCUGAAGUUAUUGAUUUAUUUAGAGGAGUUAAUGAUUCAAUUUCAAAACAUUCUAUAACCCUCGAUGAAGAGAAUAAAUUAACAGAUUAUAUAUUCGUCAUUAUUGCAGAAUUAAUGAAGAGAAUAAAUGAAAAAGGAAUUGGUGAUAUCAUUAAUGUCAGCGAUGUAAUGAUGAAAAGAAAUUUUGACUCAUUAUUUACAAAACCGAAAACAGAAUAUAGUCUUUAUGACGUAAUUACCGAAUUAAUGAAAAAGAUUAAUGAUAAUAAGAGUUCUGGCGGAAGAGUUGAAUUAGAAGUGAAUGAUGUUAAUGAGAAAUUAGCCGAAAAAGCAGACAAAAAUGAGCUUUUAGCUCUGAGUGAUAAAGUCAAGAACCACGUUCAUUAUAUAACUUCAGACGAACAGAUUAUAACGGACUACCAUGGAUAUUUAACACGAAGUGAUGAAGCGAAGACAAAAAAUGUUAAUGAAAGAAGAUAUAAAUACAUUCGUGCUAAAGGUUAUGACAUAAGCUGUACUGUACAGUAUGAUGUAGCUAAAGCACCAGAAGCAUUUGGUUAUACCGGUGAAAUUUAUGCCUCUACUUUCAAUGUUAACGGUGUAUUAGUUGAACCAAGAUUUACUUUGAGAGUUAAGGCAAAAAUAACGUUUGAAGAUGCUAUUAAAAGUAAAGCUGACAAAGUUGAACUUGAAGCAACGAACAAAGUUUUGAAAUCUCAUAAACACAACAUCUCCGAUAUAAAUGAACUUCAAGCUACAUUAGACAGUAAAGCCGACAAGAACCAUACACAUAACUCCUUCACUACUGUUAGAGCAGACGACAUAAUAUUGAACUAUACCCUUGGUUCAAGUGCACCUUUAGAGAAUCCAAGUACAAGCGUAAAAGAUACACUAAACUCCUUAAAUAGUAAAUGUAUGAACAUUGAAGGUCAUGCCAGAAACUUUGAAACACAUGAACUACCAGCAAU